AUGAUUCGCGAUGCAGCCAACGAAGUGUUACAUUCACGUGUUCCCGAAGGAUUUCAAUGGAUAGAGGCCUAUGGGCAGUAUUACUCACCCAGUUGUGGUUUCUUCUACGAUCCGAAUACUGGCCUUUUUUAUCACAGUGAUUCCGAGACGUAUUAUAUAUUUAACGACGAUACCCAGCAGUAUGAGAUCUAUAAGUGUAUGCGAAAGACACAUUGGAAAUCUCGUUCGAAUAAAAUGAAAGCCAAGCAAUUGUUUGCUGGUGCGCUGGAUCGCUUAGAUCAAGAUGCUGUAGACGUUUGUGAAGUUGUAUUCGAUCUCACAUCAAAGCUCAGCUUAGAAGACAGAGAUGGUGUGGAUUCUGAAUUGGAAACGCACUCUAGCCUAUCCUCUUCGGUGAGAUGA